AGGAGACGCAACAUAAAGGAGACGCUUCUGCAGCUUUUCUACGUCUCCUGAUUGGACUUUUAUUUUUAUUUUGUUCCGGUUGAAAUCAAUGAAGGAGAGACGGUCCUGUCAGAAACUAUCUCUGCUAUCCGGCAUGGAGCCCAGUCAGAGUGUGAAGUGUAAGAUCGUGGUGGUGGGAGACAGCCAGUGCGGGAAGACCGCCCUGCUUCACGUGUUCGCCAAGGACUGCUUCCCCGAGACCUACGUCCCCACAGUGUUUGAAAACUACACCGCCAGUUUUGAAAUCGACACGCAGAGGAUUGAGCUCAGUUUGUGGGACACCUCAGGAUCUCCAUACUACGACAAUGUGAGGCCUCUCUCCUACCCAGACUCUGACGCUGUCCUCAUCUGUUUCGACAUCAGCCGCCCUGAAACUCUCGAUAGCGUCAUGAAAAAGUGGAAAGGGGAGAUCCAGGAGUUUUGUCCCAACACUAAGAUGCUUUUAGUGGGAUGCAAAUCAGACCUACGCACAGAUCUGAGCACGCUGGUGGAGCUUUCCAACCACAGACAGACCCCCGUCUCCUACGACCAGGGGAACAGCAUGGCCAAGCAGAUUUCGGCGCCCUACAUCGAGUGCUCGGCGCAGCAGUCUGAGAACAGCGUUAGAGACAUUUUCCACGUGGCCACCCUGGCUUGCAUUAACAAAAACAACAAAAACGUCAAGCGCAGUAAGGCCCCUCGCGGCAACAAGAGGAUCUCACACAUGCCCGGCAGACCCGACCUGGCAGCGGUGGCUUCAGAUCUCCGCAAGGACAAAGCCAAAAGUUGCUCGAUCAUGUGACUGGUCGGACCGAGGGGGAUCAGACUGAUGAGGACAGAGCUCAGUGCAAGCAGGAAGCGAAGGGCCGACGCUCUUCCCUGCAUGCGAAAGACCCCUUAUUUGUCUGGAAAAGGGGGUUUAAUAAGCUUCACAUCGUGUACAUGUUACUGGAAUACUCAAAGCGUAGUAGCGUCCCAAGCUCCACCAGAAGAGGAAGCUUUCUGUCAGCGAGAUACCUGCGAGGGGAAGCGCCCUCCUCGGAUAGCGGAUGUGUUCGAGGUGUUUCCACACAAGCAGGAAAUGAGCAGGACGGGUGAUGUCAUUAGGAAACGCUCACCAUGUAGAGGAAGGGGUUUUUAAAACAUCUUUUGAAUGAGAGCCAAAAGAGUUUGCUUCCCAGGAUAGGAGCUGCUGUUUGUGCCGGAUCAAAGACUCGUUGCUCGGAGGGUUUAAACACCAACUCGUCACUGUAGUUUGGAAGUGAUUCACCCCCCUCAUUGUGCAGAGGACAUGACAAGAGGAAUGACCUCGUCCUGCACACUCUGACGCUGUUUGUCCCCCCCUGUCUCUGAUAUGUUGUCGGUAUAAUGUGAAGUCAUUGGUGUGUAACUGCAUCAUUGUUUUAUUUUAGCUCCAUCCUGAUUCUUGAGUCUGUCGCAGCCAUUCUGUGCCCGUUUAUUUCACUUCAUUCCACGGAUAUACAUGUAAAGACUCCCUGAAGACAGAUUCUCCACACUGACGGCUUUAGUAACUCCUCUGUGUCAUACUGGGCCGCAAAAAGCUAACUUUAGCAACGCCUCCAGGAUUUAGCCAACAAUGUGAUAAAUAAAUGCAGUUAGAAAAACAUAACUUGCAUAACACGUUUUAAAAACCUUAAUGGGCUAAAAAGCGUCAGUGGGAUCAACAAACGUGAAGUGAAAAAUGGGAGUAAUUGUGUAAAAUGCCAGUUUGAGCCAUGACUCAUUCUCCCAAUGCACUUUAGGGAGGGAGUGGAAAUGUAAGCAGCAAUUCAAACUGGUUUGUUAGGAGCUGACAACACCAGAGCUCUCUGCUUUGCAUUUCCGAAGUGUUCAGACUCUUAUAAAGACUCGGUCACACCUGAAACAAUUAAUAGAUAAUAAUGAAUAGGACUAAACGACUAAUUGAGAAAAUAAUCAGCGAAUGGAAGAGUUGUCGUAAAUAUGGACAGCUUUACACGUUCAUACAUGUAAUGACUUGUGAUCGGAAAGCACCACAUUUACCACCUUGAUUCGUCUACGUUGGUAUAAACUGAUUUAAAUGCAGGAAACUGAAUAAAAGGAGGCCGAAAUAACAUCGUUAACUUGUUUUUUGCGAAGAUGAGGAACGUAUUGACAUGGUUUGAAACAUAAGGUCAUAUAAGUGUUUGGCUUUCAUUUGAAAACUAACAAACUAUUUUCUAAGCUAUUAAGAAUCAGUGUUGUGUACAUUAGUGUUAUUUCCUCUCAGCAGUGCAAUUAAGAAGCUGUUUAAAUAUCAAAGGUCUUGAUGCACUUUUAAUGUAACCUCCCAAUUAUCUUGUCACAUUUUUACAGCUCAGUGGCCGAAUCUAAUCGUGAUUUCCUAAUCUGUCGUCUUCUCCCCGUGUACAUUAUCAUGUUUCCUUGAAUGUUGAUGUCACCUUCAAAUGUCUUUGCCAAUGUUGUUGCUGCAAUAUUUAUUGAAUUAUAUAUUUUCCCUUUAGAAUAAAUGCAAAUGGAAUUAAA